ACGUUGUUUUGGAUUCGCAUGUCGUUUUAGUGGGUUUGACACGUUGUUUUCUUUGUUGUUCUGUAGUAUAUUUCUCGCAGAGGUGUCUGCAYGGUCUUUUAGCAGAUGUUCUUUUUUAUUUAGGCUGUAUAUUAUUGACAGAAAAACAGGCGGAUGCUUAAAGGAAACUCGUUAGCCUGCUAGCUUAGCUUAGCUCCCCGUAGGAACCAAUGAGCAUGGCGGAGGUGGUGGGGCUCAUCGCUGGCUGCUACGAGCAGAUCAUCUUUGGUUACAGAGUACAUCCUGAUGAAAAUGAGUGGACGGUGAAAGCUGACUUCACGCAUCACGCUCACACAGCUUCGGUAUCGGUUGUGGCAGCCAGUGAGAGGUUYGUGGUCACGGGCAGCAAAGAUGAGACCAUACAGGUGUACGACAUGAAGAAGAGGACCGAGCACGGMGCUCUGCUGCACCACGACGGCACCAUCACUUGUCUGGAGUUUUACAAGUCUUACCUGCUGAGCGGAGGAGAAGAUGGACUCCUGUGUGUGUGGAACACAAAGAAGUGGGAGUGUGAGAAAUCCAUCAAAGCUCACAAAGGCCAUGUCACGUCACUCUCCAUCCAUCCUUCUGGAAAACUUGCUCUGUCAGUCGGGACGGAUAAAACUCUGAGAACCUGGAAUCUCACUAACGGCCGAUCAGCUUUUAUUAAAAACAUCAAACAAAAUGCACAUAUCGUCAAAUGGUCUCCAGACGGGAACAACUUUGUGCUCGUGGUGAACGACAAAAUCGACAUCUACAAGCUGGAGACGGCUUCAGUGAUCGGGACGAUCACAAACCCCAAGAGGAUCUCUUCUCUAAAGUUCUUAAACGACACCAUCCUGGCCGUCGCAGGAGACGAUGAAAACGUGAGGUUAUGCAACGUGGGAAAAGCCAAAUGGGUGUGUGAGUUCAAGGCUCAUGAAACCAGAGUAAAAGCAGUUGAUAGUUUGAUUAUGGGAGAUUACUGCGUGAUUGUGACGGCUUCAAAUGACGGUUUCAUCAAAUUGUGGAAAAUCCACCUGAAAGAGAAGCUGGAGUGUCCUGUUCUUCUGGGGGAGGUGAGCACAACAGCCAGACUGACAUGCCUGGCUGUGUGGAAACCUUCAUCCGUGCCACAGGUCGCUGAGGACCCGACGUCCGAGGCCACAACAUCUAAAGCUCUGUCCACAGGACUAUCUCAGCAGCUUAGGAAGAGAGUCCGAACCACCACAGAAGAAGUCRUUCUAGAGGAUGAAAGCAAACCCAAAAAGAAGAAAAACAAUGGAAAAAAGACUGUCAAACAAUAAAUAUAUAUAUAUAUAAAAAAGUUUUUUUUGUCUGUCUGAAGUUAAAUCAUUUAUUGCUUUGGUCAAAACACAGAAGACAGACAUAAUUUUUAUUAAACCUGAUGUUUUAUAGCAAUACAACCGCUUUUGUUUCCUCAUUAUGUAUAUAAUAAAAAAUGAAUACAA